AAUAGCAGCCGUAGACCGAGGCUGAUGAGAGAGACAUUACCUUGGUGACAAUUACUACCCACAAGAAACUCCAAUGGAUAUAUAAAAAUGGAGUUUACACGACGGAUAUUACAGACAUGAAGAAUUACGUCCGAUACUAGAGGAGUUAAAUAAGGGAGGUAGAGACAAGAUGGUUCAGGUGGGGUUCAUCACACUAUCCCUGGGCACCUCUGCAGCUCUGUUUGGGGCGGUUAUUAUUGGGGUAUAUGUGGUAUUUGGUGGACCUACUGACAUACACAAGAGAAGGAGAAAGAAAGAUUAUAUACCUGGUUUGGCGAAUAUUGGGAAUUCGUGCUUUCUGAAUGCCUUGGUGCAGUCACUGGCAUCUUGUCCUCUGUUCAUCACAUGGCUCAGCUCUAAGUUUUCGGACUCGGCGCCACCACUAGUGUCUGCCCUCCACAACUUACUUAAAGUACUUAAUAAUGAAAGUGACCUUCAUGGUGAUGCCUGUGCUGGGGAAGUGCUGAGUGCCCUGAGAGGACAUGGCUGGGUCAUCUCAUCAGAAGAACAAGACACCCAUGAACUUUUCCAUGUACUCACUGCCACUAUUGAUGAUGAGCUUGUGAGUGCUUCCAUUGUACCCUCACUUCUGGAUGUCUCGUGGGUGGAUAUCAACUGUAUGGAUUCACUACAAGAUGGGGUGAUUGUAAAAGCUAAUUCCUGGGGACAGAGUGAUGAAGAUAGUGGCAGGAGACAUGAAUAUGUAAAAGAAAAGAAAAUACAAAAAAGAAAUACGAGUGCAAAUAUAGAUAUUAGAAGUAACAAUGUUUUAUCAAAUGUACUAAAUGGAAUAUUGACUGAAGAUAAACAUGAACAACCAUUUGGGGUUUUUGCUAAUGGAACUGAGACUCAGUCAGAUUACAAUGAUGGUAGAAUUGUCAAUGGUUCAUCUUUUGAUGUUGCAAACAAACAGAGCUGUGAUAAUAAAGGUUGUGAGGGUAGUGAUAAGGUAAAGGAGUCAAGUCAUAGUACAAGUGAGAAUCACAUAGCCAGUAACAGUGCUGACACAUUUAACAUGGAUAGUCCUUGUGAUACCACCCCGGAAUGUAAUCAUAUUGAUAUCAAAGUUUAUAAAGGAAAUAAAACUGAUGGACAAGUGGCUGAAAGUGUAAACGAAGAUAAUGAAAAUUACAAAGGCUUUGCAUGGAGAAACAAGGCUGACAGAGAGUUGUGUGUGGACUCUCUUGUAACACAAGCUCGGGACAGUGAAAACACCUACUGGAAAAUUCAUGGUGAUCAUCAUGACAGUCCUUUCAGGGGAUAUUUGGCCAGCCAGUUGCAGUGUACCUUGUGCGGACAAAAGAACCCUGCUCAGUGGACAAGCUUUGAGUCAUUGUCUUUGUCUCUUCCAUCACUGCCAUGGGGAGAGGUCACACUGCAGGAACUCCUGGACUCGUACAUUACACAAGAAAAAGUAACUGAUGUGACCUGUGACAACUGUACAAAGAUAUCUGGAUCCAAUAUUAAGACCACAUUUAUCAAGCAACUGACCAUUGGGAAACUUCCAGAUUGUCUGUGUUUUCACAUCAAGCGCACUGUGUGGCUGGAGAAUGGGUCAGCAAUCAAGCGCCGAGACCACUUGAUCUUCCCAGAGUUCCUUAUAAUGGACCCCUUCACCUACACCACUUCCAUUACCACCCAGGGACAACAAAAUCGCAGAGUUGUGGAACAAGAUGGUAACAGUGUACCCAACAGUACUUACUCAUCGGGAAACAGUUGCCAGUACCCGAUCUCCUCCAUCAUAAGUGAGAAUGCUACAUCCUCCCACGUUGAAGCCAGCCCCUUCGUCCAUGUGAGGCGGGUUCGCUACGAGCAGCUGUACCGCCUGAAAGCUGUUAUUGUUCAUGUGGGAGAUGUCUUUUGUGGACACUUUGUAACUUAUCGUCGUGGACCAAUUGGUUCACGUACAAGGAACAGAUGGUUUUACACCUCUGAUUUGUUAGCGAGAGAGGCCAGCCUGGAUGAGGUACGGAAAGCCAACGCUUACAUGAUCCUGUAUGAAAAGGUGACUUAAUGUUGUUAAUCUUAACUUAUAUCAAAUACUCCAGUCUGUUAGCUGUACAUACUGAACAAUUUGUGGGUUGGCUAAGAAGGCUUGUUUUACUGUAUGACAUACCAGUAUGAUUAUUUUAAUCCACCACCUUUCACUCUCUGGUCUUGUUGUUACAGCUUGUACUUUGGUCAUAAAAUUUGUUUCAACUAUCCCGAGAGAAGGUUUACUAGAUAUGUAAUUGUACAAAAUCAGUUUGUAUACUUAUUGUUUAUAAUGAAUAAACUACAGUAUCUCCACUAGUCGCUUCAAUACUAGACACUACUUUUGAUAUAUUAUUUGGCUAACGCCUUGAUAUUUUAUUCAACAGAGAGAGAUCCCUUGUACCUGAGGGGUUCAUACAUUUUCUGAAUGCUAAUCUGAAAGAAAAACAUGUACUGUAUAUAUAUAUAUAUAUACAUAUAUAUGUAUGUGAUAUUUUACUGAGAAGUUUAAUGAUAUUUAGUUUUUAAUUUAUUUUCUCCAACUCCCUCUCUGUAUUGUGGACAUGCCUUCCCACAUCCUUCACUGGGUAGUAUUUACAGAAUCUCAUCAAAUAGCUCUGUUUACCAGCCACUUCAUGCAUACUCAUGUCAAAAAGUCAAAAGCAAUGCUCAAGACAUGCAAAUUUCUUGUAACUUUUAUGUCUCAAUAUGCAGUUUAAUAUAAAGCAACACAAAUAGAAAGAAAUUUUGUGUAUGGUAGAAGAAAAUGGAACAAAUUUUUUUUAUGAAUUUAAGGAAUUUCUGUGCUUCAAUAUCUACUCUUAAUGACUCGUAUGGUGUUUUAACAUUUGUCAACAAAACAGUUAGCAGUUGAUGCCACCCAAACAUACUUUACCUUAUCCUACCAAAAUCUAGGGUACAGUAAAUAGUAUGGUAUCUCGGUAAGGUUUAGUUUUCGUUAGGUUGUAUGUAAAGUAGUUUGAAGUGGAAUGCAAACUAUUUAGCUUUGCAAUCCUCAUCUGGUUACAUUAAAACUCUGCCUCAUUUAGACUUAACACAUGAUCCAUAUGAGUUCAUGAUUAUUUUCCCCUCUGUUUCAGUGUCUUUCCUCACUUAUUUUAUGUUUACUUGUGCUUUUCUUUGUCUAAAUUUGAAGAUUAAAUGUUGAUUUGGGAAUCUAAAGACAUUGUUUAUUUGGAAUUUCAAUCAUCACUUGCCAAAGAAUUACAACCGGGACUUGGCCAUUAGGUGGAGUGAAGCUUACCGGCACUAGACAUACAGUCAACCCUCACUUUACGCAGUUAAUUCAACCCACAGGGUACUGCGGAAAGUGAACAACAUAACAUAUGGGAUUAAUUGAAAUAGAGAC